AUGCCAGGCAAAGUCAAAGUUCGGAUACUUAGUGCCAGAGAUCUGCCUGUAAUGGACAGAGCUAGUGAACUAACAGAUGCUUUUGUAGAGAUUCGGUUUGGAAAUGAAACAUUUAAAACGGAUGUGUGUAAAAAAUCCUUGCGCCCACAGUGGAAUUCAGAGUGGUUCAAGUUUGAGGUUGAUGAUGAAGUGUUACAAGAUGAACCACUGGAUCUUAGGGUUCUUGAUUACGACACAUACAGCGCUCAUGACACAAUUGGUAAAGUGUACAUCGACCUAAACCCUUUGUUAUCCAGAGAAAACUCUACCAUUAGUGGAUGGUUUCCUAUCUAUGACACCAUGCAUGGGCUUAGAGGAGAGCUAAACAUUCAAGUUCGUGUGGAACUCUUUAGUGAUUUCAACAAAUUUAGGCAAUCAUCUUGUGGGAUACAGUUCUUCUGCACUUGUGAGGUGCCAUCAGGUUGGAGAAUACAAGGUAUUCUGGGAUUUGUUGAAGAACUUGUUGUCAACGACGAUCCAGAAUAUCAAUGGAUUGAAAAAAUUCGAACACCCAGGGCUUCCAAUGAAGCCAGACAGAGAUUGUUUUCUAAACUAUCAGGAACAUUGCAAAGAAAACUUGGUGUUAAAGUCUUAGAAAUGGGAGGAAAUGCUGUUUUAGGGUAUUUCCAGAAUUUCGACUUAGAGGGUGAAUCUGGCAUAGUAGUGAGAGGCAUCGGAACAGCAGUGGCUUUAACCAGGCUUCAGAUUGGGCAGCUGUCUCCAGCUGUCGUUACAUCUAAUUCAGUGUCACCUGUUAAAGACAUGCGGAGACACACCGUGAGUCUGCACCACCGCAACACAACCAACUCACAGAUCAAAUCGGAAAAACACGUCCACCCUCCUCUAAACAGGCAGCUCUCCAGCCCUGGCCCCUCUCCUUCUACCUCUCCGUCAACCAUGUCGCCCAAGUCGGGGAUCUUCUCACGACAGACCUCGCUCAGCAACUCUCGCAGUCCGCCGCCAUCGGCUCCUCCCUAUAUCUUACAGAAGGAAUCCCCCAGCCAAUCCCUGUUCACUUUCCCUUGCAGUUCCUCCUUUCCUGAAGAUUUUUCCCUGUCCUCCAACACCUUAACACCACAAUCGCAGCCCACCGACACCUCGCAGGAGGUGUUCACCUCUGAGACAAAGUCAACCAGCUUGCAGGCGAUCAGCUCAUCGGCGCCAACCUCACCGCCUAUCUCACCCCCCAUCCAUCAGCAGCACUCGCUCAGGCACUCUACUUCACCUGUUAGAGUUGGUCCUUGUACAGAGUCAAGCAGGAGGUUGUCGGACUCUGAAAUCAGCUCUCCCCCCAAAGUGAGUACGAUGGGUAACAAUACAAGAGCAGCUCCUGUAAAUACAAGUGCCUUACAAAAUCCUAACUUUGCUAAAGCAUCUUUGAUACAACAAAGCAUAGACUUGCUGGAGUAUCCAUUUUUCACAAUGAGGAGCUUUCCACCAAAUUUUAUUGUCAGCUUGGGUGGAGUUGUGUCUGCAAGAUCUGUCAAAUUGUUGGACAAGAUUCAUAAUCCAGAGGAGGCAGAAACAAGAGAUGCUUGGUGGAGCGAGGUGAGGAUAGAGAUCAAGGCUCACGCCUCCAAGCUUGGCUGUCAUGCUGUGCUGGGCUACCUUGAACAAACAACUAUUUGUGAUGAGGUGAUUGUAUUGGCUGCCAUGGGCACAGCAGCUAAAAUCAACUUAAACUUUGAUCUUCAUGGAGGAGUUAACUCUGCUGGGUCCCUUGCCACGCCGUUACCUCCCCUAUCCUCAGGAGCCUUAUCAGAGAAAGCACCUGCUGGAACAGGUGAAAAAGAGAAAGACAAACACCUGUAUGUAGAUAUUGGGCUGGCCAACCAAGUACAAAUGAAAGUAUGGACUUGUCCAGACAGCCAAGAAGAACCUUUAGUCAAAUGCACCCUUUGUCACAUUCCAUACAACCCUGUCAAUCUUCCUUUUGAGAUACAGUUAUCAAAGUGUGCCAUUUGCAGGAAAAAAAGUGUACCUGAAGUAUUAUUCACAACAGUUGAUCCGCCCCAAGACAUACCUAUAUGGAGUAAAGGUUGUCUGAUACAAGCAAGACUUUGUCGAGCCAAAAACAAGAACAAAAGCUCUGAACAAUCGGCUCGUGAGAUUAGUGAUAUGUUACCAUUUAUAGAAUAUGAACUUCACAAUCAACUCAUUAAUAAAUUAAAGAUUCGAGGGCUCAACAGCUUAUUCGGUCUCAGGAUACAAAUAUGUUUAGGUGUAAAUAUGAUUGUAGCAGUUGCAACAGCCACUGGGGUUUACCUUGGGCCUUUGCCGGCACCUCCACAGCCUAAAAUUUCUACUGAAGUUGCAACUGCCCAGGAAAGUCAAGACCUUAUUACCUUACAGAAGAGAAUCAUUAGAACUGUACAGAUGCAUAGGGAGAGGCUGGGCACUGAUAUAGUAGAUCGGCAACAAGAACACAGCCCUCACAGCUUAAUAGCGGAUGAUGAAGUGGAUAAAGACGACAGUGGUGGUAAUUUCUGCCUUGAAGAAACAUCAGAUAAAAACACAUUUGUACUUGUGAUUGAUGAUUUAAAGGAUAACGCCGUGGCCAUGAUCCUUCAUGAUGUCAUCCCACCUGAAGGUUUUGAUCUGUGUAACACUCAGAUCCCUCCUGGAGUUUCACCUGAGAGGAUUAGUGGAAAUUUACAGAUGUUCACACAAAAUGUGCUUGUGAGAUAUCAACCUACCAUUAACUGUAGUUUAGAUUUUUCAAAUAUUUUUAACACAAUAUUACGGCGCCUGUGCUUCAAAUUACGUCAUUUUAAACCUUGUUACCUUGUUGAUAUUUGCUUCAAUGUUGAUCUCCCAGAUGAAGAUGAAAUAAAUGUUGCUGUGACUGGCUGCUGUUUAGGCCUUCAGGAUGUUAGCCAGCCAAGCUCUACUUCUGCCAGUUCAACAAAAAUGUUCACUCGUCUGCAGAAUGCAUCACGGCCAAACUCAGCAGUUCUAGCCCCUUCCAACCAAUCAGAUGACAUGAUGUUUCCUAUAGAGGGCGUUGACCCACAAACACAGCCCACAUCAACUGUGUCCACUCACCUCUUUCAUUGUGUUCUAUUUUUAGACUCAGCAGUUCUAGCCCCUUCCAACCAAUCAGAUGACAUAAUGUUUCCUAUAGAGGGAGUUGACCCACAAACACAGUCCACAUCAACUGUGUCCACUCACCUCUUUCAUUGUGUUCUUUUUUUGUGUAUGUUUAUCUGGCCUCCUCCAGCCAUACAGGGAGUUGACCCACAAACACAGCCCACAUCAACUGUGUCCACUCACCUCUUUCAUUGUGUUCUAUUUUUAGACUCAACAGUUCUAGCCCCUUCCAACCAAUCAGAUGACAUAAUGUUUCCUAUAGAGGGAGUUGACCCACAAACACAGUCCACAUCAACUGUGUCCACUCACCUCUUUCAUUGUGUUCUAUUUUUAGAUUCAGCAGUUCUAGCCCCCUCCAACCAAUCAGAUGACAUGAUGUUUCCUAUAGAGGGAGUUGACCCACAAACACAGUCCACAUCAACUGUGUCCACUCACCUCUUUCAUUGUGUUCUAUUUUUAGACUCAGCAGUUCUAGCCCCCUCCAACCAAACAGAUGACAUGAUGUUUCCUAUAGAGGGAGUUGACCCACAAACACAGUCCACAUCAACUGUGUCCACUCACCCGGCUGUUUCACGGCUCAACAGCAUGGCCAACCAACUUGGCAGAUCUCUAAAACAGAUCAGAGAUUCACCAAGAACAAAAUUUCCUCCCACACUGGGGAUAGAGCUGACACCUAUGAAUGUUGUUUAUAAUGGUCGCAUUGAUAAAUACCUGGGCUACUAUAACUUUUUCUUCAUAAGGGAAAGUACUGCUGUCAAAGAGUACGGUGGUGUGGGUGGAUUCAUGCAGAGUUUUAUCCUUGAAGUGAUGGCCAUUGUUAGAGCUCAUGUGGCAGCUCUAGGUGGAAAUGCUUUGCUGGCCUACAACAUGUCACAUUGUAUUCUAGAGAACAACCCUCAGAAGAAUCAGGGGCAAUGUCUGAUAAAUGUUAGCGGGGACAUAGUGGUGGUAGUGCACGAAGGUGAAGACAGAGACAGCAUUAUAAUGGAAACACCUGUCACGGUACCCACUCCAAUUUCCUGAUGCACUUUUGACUAGAUGCUAGGAAAACUGCAUUUAUUUUGUUAAUGAAAGACAACUGUUAAUAUUGCAAAUGGGAGAUAACUGCUCUAAAUAUUUGAUGCAACAUUUUACAUGAAAUUAUAAUGAAUUUUACAAGGUUUCUAAGGGAAUGGUAUCUACACAUUUUUUCUUCCAGAUCUCAUUUUUUUUUUAAUAUUGAGCAACGAAAAUCAAUAUUUUAAAAAGAAAUUUCAAAAACUUGUGAUAUUUUAACAACCAUGGGGGUGUUAAAUUGUGAUGUAUAUAAUUUCAGAAAUCAGUCUCAUUCUAAGUACGUUUUUGUAUAGUGGCUUCUCUUGUGUAAAUGUUAAAAUAGCCUCUUACACCUCCAACAUGUGUGAAAUUGUGUGAAAUUAGCUGGUUCUUGUGUUUAUAAUAAGUAAAGCUAUCACUGAUGUACUGGUUGUGACUAUACAAACAACUUUUCUGCUGGCUCUAACAUUCUAAGCUUUUAACAUCACAGGUUCAUCCAAAAUGCCUAACACUUUUUUUUAAAUUCCUUAUAUUGAAUUUCUUUUUAAUAAGCUUUUUUUUUUUCAAAUUAGCUUUAAGAAUUAUUUUUAAGAUAGCUUCUUAUAUUUUGGUGUAGGACACAUGUCUGAGAAUAAACAAAUGCUAUCUAUUUAUAUGUGGAGGUCAAUGAAACAGGUGAACUCUACUGUACUGUUCAAAAGGAUAACUCACUAACUUGGGCCCAUAUAAAUCAUAGAAAGCACACUAGUAGUCGUCCAGCAUUAGGUCUGCUUAAUGGUGAUUAACCUUUUGACCUGACCCUCUAAUUUACAUAAAACACUUAAAGUGACCUUUUUAUUGACACAAAACACUUUGGAUGGCCCUCUUAUUUAUACCUAACAUUGAAUUAUUGAGAAACAGAAAGUUGCUAGAUGUUUUAUUACUAAGUAUUGUACUUAUAUUCUGUGUAACGUCAUUGUAACACAUAGCUGAUUGGUUGACCUGUCUUAAGUGCACUGUGCUUUCUUGUUGAAUUUAAAAUACCUUAAGAAUAAACAAAAUGAAUGUGUUAACAAAUUUUGAGGGGCAAACAUUUUUCCAAACUAUUUUUUAUGUACAGUUUUGUAAACUAUACAAAAUCUAAGUGACAAAAGGUUUCCAAUCCAUCUUUUAUGUACAGUUUUGUAAAUUAUAUAAGUGUGAAAUGCUGUGAUAUGAUUAACAAAAGAUUUUGAUACACCUAAUAAAACUAAGCUAUUUUUUAACAUGCUGAUACUUUGAAAGUAAUGUGCAAACAAUUUAAUUAAAAAUUAACCUCAGCAUAUAGAUAUAUAAAAAAAAAUUUUUUCUUACCUACUGUUAUUUAUUUGCUAACUCUAACUAAGUGUCUUACUUAAUACAAAAUAGAUGAUCAGUACUGUUUUACUGAUAUAAGCUGAUCAAUUACUUAUGUUCUUAAGGCUUAGACAAACUUGUAUGUAGCUUAUUUUAACUUAUCUGCUAUUUCAUAUUUGCAUUUGUAAAAAGUCGUUUGCUGUCAGACAUUCUAAGUGCUGUAUAGUAAAAAUGCAGUUUUGAGCUUUGUGACGAAAAUUGCUUUAAGCUUACGACGUUUAGCUUUUGUAUUUUUCUUUCAUUUUUAUGUAAUUGCACUGUUGGCUUAUGGGCUGUUAAUGUAAGAAAGGUCUGAAAGUUAAAUCGAUCACGGUAUAAUUAUAAUGAAAUGAUGUUAAAGUUUAUUAAUAUAAGGCUUAGGGAUGGAACAGCCCUUAGCUUGGUAUUAACUCCAGCUGAUAAAUACAAAUGAUAAAUAGACAUGACAUUCAUGGGAAAUCUUAUCUGACAUUGUUCAUUUAACAUGACAUUUAUGGAUAACACAUUAUUGUUUAAAUGACAUGACAUUUAUUCAAAAAUACUUGACCUUUCUGUUUCAAUGAGAUGAAAUUUAUUGCAAAAAUUACCUGUCAUUACUGUUCAGAUGAAAUUUAUAGCAAACUCAUGUCAGACAAUGGGACAGUGUGGCCUAGUGGUAGAGCGAUAGACUGCUAUCCCGAAAUUCUCGAGUUCAAAUCUGUUUUAAGUCAGUAGAAUGAGCCUGAGUCUAUCCAGCUCUGAUGGGUUACCUAACUCAUGUUAGGGAAAAGCAGCUGGGCAUAGUGCUGACUACACUAUCUCUCCAUAUGCCUAGGUCACAGAAACAAGUGAACACUGCCUCACUUGCCUCAUGGUCCAUCAGUUUUCAAAAAUAGAAACCUAACUAUUCAGAAGACAGUUAUAGCAAACUCAUAUCAUACAUUUUAAUAAUCCUGACAUUUGUCUGUACCUGAUGUUAGUGGUUAGCUGACCUGACACGAUGAACUAAAUGUCAUGUAAGUGAUAUGUUUGAACUGGGUUGAACUCACUUCUAGAUUACCAUCAUGAAUAACAAGAAAUUCGCCAGUAAAGUACAAGUUAUAUUUAGAACUUUUUUUUUUAAAUCUGUACAAUGCCAGACUUGAUAAAGACUUCGUUGAAACAUUCAGGGUUUUGCUCAGUUAAUAGAAUCUAUAGGUGCCACUAGUCAGUCUUUAGUCAGGCUUGUUCUCAUCUCCAUGUGCAGUGCCAUAAAUUUAAUGAUGAAACAUGAAGUUUAUGUAUGUUUUUUUUUUAUUAACACUGCUGAUAUU